AUGUUGUGUCAGGGUAUGAGUUAUCUGCCGUUGUGUCUGGUACUUCUAUCGGCUGCUACAUUCAUUACAACCUACAUCAUAGCCGUCUAUAACGGCGACGUCUCGCCAAACUUUCAAUAUAUAAGUGAAACCGGGACCAAGCCGCCAGAAAGUUGUAUAUUCUCCCAGUUUCUGAAUAUUUGCGCAGCUCUUUGUCUGUGUACGGUAUACGUGCGUUACAAGCUGGUGGAAGCUAUCAGCGGCCAUGAGUAUCAGUACUUGCACCGCCUGAACCAGAUGGGCCUCGGGAUGGGCGUCCUAACAGCGCUUGGGCUCAGUCUGGUCGCCAACUUUCAGGUGACGGAAGUUGGAGCGGUGCACUUGACGGGUACGGUCCUGGUGUUCGGGGUAGGGGUGGUGUAUGCGGCCCUCCAGACGGGCCUCUCAUACAAAAUGCACCCAGACUAUAGCGGCAUCUAUGUGGCCCGGGUGCGCCUCGCUCUAACCAUUGCCUUUGUCAUCCUCAUUGCAACCACAGCAACAAGCGCCGUGAUAUCACGACAGUCCCCUCCCAAGGAUAAACUUCACUGGAAACCGGAUGAACCCGGGUACGUGCCGCACAUAAUUAGCGCGGUAGGCGAGUGGAUCAUGGCGAUAUUGUUUCAGACGUACUUCCUCACGUAUGUACGAGACUUCAUGAAACUGAGGAUUGAGGUCAAGCCGCGGUUGUUUGUACAACAUCUGGACCAACCGGCGCUAUUCUCCGACCAGAACAAAAGUCUUCUAGCAUAG